AGUGGAGGACGCGUCAAAUUAAUUCCAGCAGCCUUCGGACUCCCCGGGACAAAUCCAAUUCGCGUUUAUCGGAUGAAGAUCGCUCCGGUGCGUUUGCGCGCAGCAGUCACUCGCUUCCAGUUCAUGAACAGGGGAGCCCGCUGCGUUCGGACGAGGCUGAAACAAGCUGACUUUUUGGUUCUCUGGGUUGUGGGGGCUCAUUCCUCUCGCCCCCCUUUCCUUCUCUCACGUCGCUAUUUUGGAGGGACAUCUGUAUUUGCCUGCAUCUCGACCUGUACAAGCAAAUGGAGCAAACCUAUGGAGAGGUGAACCAGCUGGGCGGAGUGUUCGUCAACGGCAGACCCCUGCCCAACGCCAUACGGUUGCGAAUCGUGGAGCUGGCCCAGAUCGGGAUCCGACCCUGUGACAUAAGCCGGCAGCUCCGAGUCUCCCACGGCUGCGUGAGCAAGAUUUUGGCGAGGUACAACGAGACGGGCUCCAUCUUGCCCGGUGCCAUCGGUGGGAGCAAGCCGCGCGUCACGACGCCGAACGUGGUGAAAAACAUCCGGGAGUACAAACAGAGCGACCCCGGGAUCUUUGCCUGGGAGAUCAGGGACAGGCUUUUGGCCGACGGGGUUUGUGACAAAUACAACGUGCCGUCCGUGAGCUCGAUCAGCAGGAUUUUACGCAACAAGAUUGGGAAUCUCUCCCAGCCCAGCCAGUACGAGAGCAGCAAGCAAGCCUCCGCGCAGGCCGGCCUCUCCUACAACCACAUAUACCCGUACUCCUACCCCAACACUAUGUCUCCGACAAGCACUAAAAUGGGCACCCCAGCUGGAGUGCCCGUGGGGGCUGGACAUGUGAGCAUAUCCAGGGCCUGGCCUUCUCCGCACACCGUCAACAACAUCCUGGGAUUACGAGCCUUCAUGGAUCCUUCAGGAGACAGAAAACCCCCCAGCCCCCUGAGCAAACAGCAGCAGCAGCAUGAAGACUUGAACAGUGUGCACGGACUCAGUCUCACUACCUCAUCAUCCUAACGUGGACUUAUCCCACCUUAAUAAACCAGACACAUUUAGCAGAACUCAUUCCAACAGUAAGUGUGCUCACUAACAGCUGCUUUGGGACUCAAACAUCUCAGAUGUGCGGGGUCUUCGUGGCCGUUUGAAUGUAAAGCUGGUUUCCCUCCUCCAACUCAUUUGUUUGCUUUUUAUUUCUAAAAGAAUUCCUAUUGGUUACUAAAAAGGGAUGCAAGAUUUAAAAAAAAAACAUAAAACAAAACAAAACCUUUUUUUUUUUUUUGUAAAUUUGCUCCAUGUUUUAUUAUAGAGCCAGAUAAUUCGCCUUUUAUUAUAUUAUUUGAAUUUGUGGCCAGGAUCUACGCGAACAAAUAGCUAUAAAUUGUCAAACUGUAAAAAAAAAUAUAUAAAUAUAUGCCAAAGCUUUAAUUAUAUAUUUUUAUAAUUUCCUUGUAAAUAUUCCAAAAAUAAAGGCUGUGUUUGAUGCCA